ACCAUAUCAACAAGGAGGAAUGGGCGAGAUUUAUUCUCAACAACGAAAUAUCCGUUUUCAGUGAUACAUGCGAACCGAAACGGAAAUAUAGAAAUGAGUAGCUAUCGUCGCCUACUCCAUCGUUAUAGUAUAAUACGGCGCAAGAAUCCCAAGAUCAGCGGAUAUUCGUAAAUGAGACCGCGUGAAGUCCACUAAUAAAUAUUACAGAAGAUGUCUUCCUUCGACAAGCAAAGUAACGCUGACAAGAUCUUGGCACUCGCUGAGUCUUUGACAAAAACCGCAAAGAACUAUGUUUCAAGCCAAAGUACUCCGGGGGAACAUUUCCAGCUUCUUUCUGCAAUCAAAGAGCUACAGCUACUAGUGGAAACUCCUACCGAGACAGUCCUUAGACUUAUAUACCAACCUCCUCAAAAUGCAGCUCUCAGGACUGCCGUGGACUUGGGGGUAUUCCCUAUCCUUUCAUCCAGGUGCCAGAGCAAGUCUACAGUCACGGCCAUGGAGAUAUCCGAAGAAACCGGUGCAGAUAAAGCGCUUAUUGCCCGUCUGAUGCGUGUUAUGACCGCCCUGGGACUCUGUUGCAACCCGGAGUCUGAAGUAUACAGUGCCAAUGAGAAGACCUUCAUAAUGACUCAACCCACAGGAAGGGACGGUGUCAGUUGCCUUUACGAUCUUUCGGUGCCAACCCUGGCUAAGCUCCCAGAGUAUUUCCAGCUACAUGGUUAUAAGAAUCCCAAAGACUAUUCCCAUUCUCCAAUGCAGUGGGCCGUUGGCGAAAGCCAAUUCGAAUGGCUAGCUCGCGAUCAAAGCAAGCAGGCACUCUUUGAUUCAUACAUGUCCAGUCGCCGCCAGGGAAAGCCGAGUUGGUUCGAGACAUACCCAGUACAUAAUUUGCUGGAUGGCGCCACACAGCAUGAGGAUGCCGUAUUCAUCGUCGAUGUUGGUGGGAACCAUGGCCAUGACCUCCAAAAGCUCCACGAGAUGCACCCUACUGUUCCGGGACGGUUGGUCUUGCAGGACCUUCCCAGUGUCAUCAAGUCUGUCCCUCGACUGGAGGGUAUUGAAGCGAUGGCAUAUAGUUUCUACGAUCCUCAGCCAAUCAAGGGCGCCCGAGCAUAUAUCUUCAGAGCUAUCUUUCACGACUGGCCGGACCAUAUAUGCCACAAGAUACUGGUGAAUACAGCAAGUGCAAUGGCGCCGGCCUACUCCAAGCUGAUCAUUAUUGACUUUGUUCUACCUGAUACCAACGUUCCACUGUUUCAGGCAUCUUUGGAUAUACAGAUGAUGAGUAUCGGAGCCGGAGUGGAGAGAUCAGAGAGUCAAUGGAGAGAGUUGCUGCAUUCCGCGGGAUUUGAGAUUGUACGGAUUUGGAAGAAAGACCCCGGGAUGGAGGCUGUGAUCGAAGCGGUUCCGAUCUCACUAUGACGUCCAUGGGCGUAUAGAUCUUGUUUAGCUUUAUAUCAUACCUUGAAUGUCUUGAAAUCGACUCGUCUCCUUACUUAUUAAAAUGGGUAUCUACCGCUGCGAUAUUCAGAAACAAGAAAGCAACCAGACCACUGUAAAUGAUAACCCGCAGGCGAGGAUUCGCAGUAUAGGAUGC